AAGAGAGAGUCCCACUACUCCUCCAUCGGAUGCUCAGAUGGGAGAGACGGGUAUUGGGUGCGACAUCUGUUCCUCUGUUCCUGGGUUCUCAUGGUCUGGGAGUGACGAGAACCACGUGUCGAAGCAUACAGACGAGAAGCUAUGCAAGUCCAAUCUCUGUUCUGCACAGUUCCGGCGGAGCACGAGCCCAUGGUGUCACAAGCGAGCACAUACGGGCCAGAAGCCGCACAAGAGUGAUCUCCGCCUUGCGGAGUUCAGCCAGAGCCGCCACCUACAGUAUCACAGGCGGACACACACGGGCGAGAAGCCAUACAAGUGUGAUGUCUGCCCUGCAGAGUUCAGCCAGAGCGGGAACCUACACCAGCACAAGCGGGCACACACGGGCGAGAAGCCAUACAAGUGCGAUGUCUGCCCUGCAGAGUUCAGCAGGAGCGGGAACCUACAGCAGCACAAGCGUACACAUACGGGCGAAAAGCCGUACAAGUGCAAUGUCUGCCCUGCACAGUUCAGCACGAAUGUCCAGCUACAGUAUCACAGGCGGACACACACGGGCGAGAAGCCAUACAAGUGCGAUGUCUGCGCGGCAGGGUUCAGCCGGAGUGGGAGCCUACAGCGUCACAGCCGGACACACACGGGUGAGAAGUCAUACAAGUGUGACGUCUGCCCUGCAGAGUUCAGCCAGAGUGGGAACCUACACCAGCACAAGAGGACACACACGGGCGAGAAGCCAUACAAGUGCGUUGUCUGCGCAGCAGGGUUCAGCCGGAGUGGGAGCCUACAGUAUCACAGGCGGACACACACGGGUGAGAAGCCAUACAAGUGCGAUGUCUGCCCUGCAGAGUUCAGACAGAGCGGGAACCUACACCAGCACAAGCUGACACACACGGGCGAGAAGCCGUACAAGUGCGAUGUCUGCCCUGCACAGUUCAGCACGAGUCUCCAGCUACGGUAUCACAGGCGGACACACACGGGUGCGAAGCCAUACAAGUGCGAUGUCUGCCCUGCAGAGUUCAGCCAGAGCGGGAACCUACACCAGCACAAGUGGACACACACGGGUGAGAAGCCGUACAAGUGCGAUGUCUGCCCUGCACAGUUCAACACGAGUGUUCACCUACAGUAUCACAGGCGGACACACACAGGCGAGAAGCCAUACAAGUGUGAUGUCUGCCCUGCAGAGUUCAGCCAGAGCGGGAACCUACACCAGCACAAGCAGAUACACACGGGCGAGAAGCCAUACAAGUGCGAUGUCUGCCCUGCAGAGUUCAGCAGGAGCGGGAACCUACAGCAGCACAAGCGUACACAUACGGGCGAAAAGCCAUACAAGUGCGAUGUCUGCCCUGCAGAGUUCAGCCAGAGCGGGAACCUACACCAGCACAAGUGGACACACACACACGGACGGGCGAGGAGCCAUACAAGUGCGAUGUUUAUCCUGCCGAGUUGAGCAAGAGCACGAAGCUGUGGAACCACAAGUGCAGGCACGAGGGCGAGAAGCCAUACAAGCGCGAUGUCUCUCUUGCAGACUUCAGCCAGAACACAAGUACGUCUUUUUACGAGGGAAAACGCACGUGUAAGAAGCUGUACGAGUGCAGUCCCCUCUCUUGCAAAGUUCAGCCAUGGCAAUGAUCUUGCGGCACUAUGUGCAGGGUCGAAGCCAUACACAAGUGCCAUGUCUACCGUGCAGAGUCCAGCCAGAACACAAAUCUGAACAAUUAUAAAUGCGCACACACGGGCCAGAAGCCAUACAGGUGCGAGUUCUGACCUGCAGGGUCACCCACAGAACGAAUUGCGAUGUCACAAGCAGACACAUAUGACAGAGGAUCCCUACAAGUGGGAUGUGCGUCUUGCAGAGUUCAGCCACAGCAUGGGCCUGUGGCAUCACAAGUAGACACCGACAGAUAUGUGAAACCAUACAGAAGUAUUCUCUGUUCUACAAACUUGGCAUAGCAUUCCGCAUGCUGAUUCCACUAACAUAUCUGAAAUGUCGUGCCGCAAUAGAGUUGAAUUGCACAGAAACUUUGAAGAUCCCUUGCUCCCAUUGCACCACGCUUAAAGUUGAAUGGAAUCAAUUACUGCGUAUAGUACCUUCCAAGGGGGACGUGUUUAUUAAAGAACAGAUGAAGAUAACAAACAACAUAUAUACAUAUUCUGAUGAUGAAGUGGGGAGGUUUUCCAUAGCUAGGGUGUCUAAUAUGAGUGGUGACAAUGAUAAGUGGUGACGAUGAGAGGUGACUGGAAUGAUCGGAGCUGCGGUGGCGAUGCUGAAUGUGAUCGUGAUGGUGGAAAUGUCCAAAUAUAACAAAACAUAGGCUAGACUCAUCAAUAGACCGUAUUGACAAAUAUAAUAGAAGUCAGCUGGUGCAUGCAACAUCAAAACGGAAGUGUGGUUCUGCCAUACUGUAGCAUGAGCUCGUGAACAAAUUGUACAUGGCCUCAUGACCGUGUCAACUACUUAAAAGAAAGUUAACUUACGUUAACAUGAGUACGGAUUUGUCCAGCCAGUGCAGCAGUUUAUAUACACACUGUAACCGUUUUCAUGUCUUGAAAGGUGUAAUAACGUGCAGUGCGUAUACCUUUUUCGGUGUAAUUUUGGUAAGAUCAUAAUGGAGCACAGUUUCGCACUAGUUUUCUUUACUCAAAUGUUGUGUGUUCUCCAAAAAUUCAGUCUUGCAACGUCUCAACAUUGUUGAACAGUAUUGUAGACACUUGCACGUGCUCGAUUAUCGGUAGCGAUGCACAUAUGCAUUAGCACCAAGACAUAAUGAAAGCAAGAUUUGCACUGACACUUGACCUUUUCUAAUGCUUUCCGAAUUUUUAAAAUAUCAUCCUGGAGGUACAAUGUUACACAACCAGGUUGAAUGUGCAUAGCGCUCACCUUUAAAGGUGUGAAAAAGUUUACAGUGCACUGAGCACACAAGCACAUGGAAGAACAUGCACCCAUAUGUUAGCAGUAGCUAUCGUGCUUUUUUGCGUUAUUGACAGCUGCCGUGUGACUGCAUUGCUUUUCUGUGCUCAUUUAUUGACUGUGGAUACAGACAACAGUAGUAAACGACGCUAAACGAGCACCCCUGUUGCACUAGCUCUCCUUCUUUUACUUUGUUGAUAGCUGUCAUAUGGCCACAGAGUUUGUCCAUGUGCUCAUGUGUUCAGUGUGAAUAUACCGCUAAACAACAACAAAAAAGUGUCCUUUUUGUGUCUCCUGAAGCUCAAGGCUUUUCUUUCAAACAAAAAUGUAUGCAUGCUGUUCGGCAUCUUUUUGUGAGUAGGAGUGUUGGAAAUUACUCGACGACACUGCAGCUUUACACUGAUGUGAUCUGUGCACUCUUUAUUG